GGUCAUCCUGAGUCAACCACGAUUAGGGGCGGACCUUGGCUCCUUUCGGACGCCGGAAGUGCCCGAAGAUAACGGCCCCCCCUUGCUCCAACCAAAAGCGACAACACGCUGUGCAGACAGAGAGCCGUAGACACAUAAAACACGUCCCCCAUUCUCGCCAGCAUGUUGCAUCGAGUCGGACGCAGUGGCGACCGCACCGUGGGUUGACGAUGGGUAGGACGCGACGGGCAAGAGGCUAUAUAAGAGUGACGAGCAGACGAGACGUCCCUGCAGCCGGCGCGGCAAGCAAAUCGACGACUUCAACAUCAGACCAAGCACAGUUUACUUGGGUAUCUCGCUCUGAGCACGCGAAUCGCUAACAGACCCAAACCCCUACCUACACUAAAAUAGAACCGGAGAGCCUACCACCAACCAACCCCAGCGCCAAAACGCCGCUCGAGCCGCCCAGGCCAGCCGCGAGAAAGCCAGCGGACCAAGAUGGGCACCGGCAGCACCCUCGCCGACGCCGCUAGCAGCAGCAGCAGCAGCAGCAUCAGCAGCAUCCCGGAGCCGCCGUACCCGUACCCCGUUCCCGCGGGCGUGCACGCGCUGCCGGCGUCGGAGCUCGACCUGCGGCCGGACGCGGAGGUCGACGCGGAGCUGGGGACGGCGCGGCUGCCGGUGGCGGGGGCGAAGAACGUGUGGUUCUUCUGGGACGCGGGGUACGGGGCGAUGGCGGCGUACCUGCGGCGCAACGUGCGGGCGUGGCACCGGCGGCUGGCGCCGCGGGGGUGGGCGGUGCGGGUGGUGGACCUGGUGGACGGGUCGGCGCUGCACGCGGCGCGCUUCGUCGACGCGCGGGACCCGGCGCUGUUCCCGCGCGCCUUCGCCGACGGCACGCUCGCCGGCCGCUACGCCGCCCAGCACCGCUCCGACCUCGUCCGCUGGCCGCUGCUGCUGCGCCACGGCGGCGUCUACGCCGACGCCGGCUUCCUCCAGAUCGGCGACCUCGACGCCCUCUGGCGCGCCACCGUCGCCGACCCCGCCUCCCCCUACCGCCUCCUCGCCUACGCCAUGAGCGGCGACCACCCCGCCGACCGCGACGCCCGCUGCCUCGCCAACUUCUGCUUCGCCGCCCUCCCCGCCAACCCCUUCUUCGAGCGCUGCCACCGCCUCCUCCUCGCCCUCUGGGCCGCCGACGGCGGCCGCACGAGCACCGACGGCAUGCACGCCAGCCCGCUCGUGCGCGGCGCCCCGCUCAUGGGCGGCUCCUUCGUCAUCGACGAGCCCGGCGGCGUCCGCAUCGGCCCCGCCGAGGUCUCGCGCAUGCUCACCGACUACGUCAUCCAGGGCCACGUAAUGACCGCGGUGAUGGGGCUCGUCGACGACGCGGGCGGCUGGGACGGCCCGCGGUACGCCGUCGAGCACAUCUACGCCAUCGACUCCAAGGUCGGCGCCCAGCUCGUCAACGAGAUGACCGGCUGGGACGGCCGCCUCGCCUACGAUCUCAUGUCGCUGCGGCUGCCGGAGCCGGGCGCGGCCGAGUCCCCGGACCAGCGGCGGGCGCGCGAGAUCGUCGAGGCGUGCCUGCAGCGUAGCUUCGGCUUCAAGCUCGCUCACGGCAUCAUCCUCCGGGUAUGCCCCUGCACGCUGGGCUCGCUGUGGAGAGACAACGAAGGCUCCGACAACGUAGCGGGGACGUACGCGCACUGGCUUAGGUACGCGAUGACGUACUGGAGCCAAGACGAGCUGCCGCCUCGCGUCGACUUCCAGCUCGUGGAGCCGUUCAGGAGGGGACGGUUGCUGGGCGAAGAUUAAGUCUUGUGCGGCGACUUUAUAUUGGCUUUUGAUUUCUGAUCUCCAUUACCUGCAGAAGAAGAAAGCGAUAGAGAAAAGGGGGGAAUAAGUCGAUCGCGUAGUAGAUACAGGUAUAAAUAGACCCUUAGCCAUGCCCCCAAUAGGUAUACAUACCUCCCGCUUUAUUGUUGUUUUCGUUGACUCGUCAUAUCCUCGCGUUCCACAUAAUGUCCAUAGCAAUAUCCGGGCCGGCACCUACAACCCCUUGCUCCCCGACGUCCCGUCCCGUCCCGCCCCCAAACAGACACCGGAUAAGUCGAGGUAGGGAGUUCCUCGCAGGACGCCUUUACGUAUCACCGUAUCUCAUACCUCAUCUCCGCCCCAAACCUAGAUAGCUAGGACACCUUAGAAAUAGUAGAAUCCAG